AUGUCCAGCUUGUUCACAUUCAAUCACUCACCUUCUCCACCGUCUUCCCCAUGGAAUUCGGCUAUCUCAACCCCGGUUCCACCGAACUCGGCCGCCAAUACUCGAGUCGCAACUCCAACGCUGCUGCUUCCCGGUCCGAGCAAGGUGCACCCGAACAAGAGGGAAGGAGAUGGAAUACAAUCUCUCGCCAGUGAGCCUCAGGAAGGGUCGACGGAGUAUAAGCUGUCACUCCUCAACCCGAACCCGUUGCGACUUCAACACUUGACAACACAGCUCUUAUGGAGACUCCAGCAGAGUUGUCCCUCCCAUAAUACUGCCGGGUUAAUCGCUCCACCAGUUUCCGUGUUCGAAAAUGAAGACGGGAAGGAGACGGAGUAUCAAUCCGGAACCCGAGCGGUAGAUAAAGCGUACUAUGCCACCUUGCUACAAGACAGUCAAGGAUGUCUAUACGAAAUCGGGGUAGCAGAUAAUGGGAGACUACUAGGUCUUAUUGAAGAGGAGCUAGAGACAAGUUUGGACACUCUAAGGAAGAUGGCCGAUGCAUUGGGAUGCGUGGUUGAAGUGGUUCGAAAGGUCAAUGUCGCCAAUACGAUGACGGAGGAUGGGGAGGUGAUACCCUUAUUCGCUGCGGAGGCCCUAGUACGGCCAGGACAAUUCACAUCAGUUCCAGCAAUCGGAAGUGACCCUGCGGCAGACGCCCGUCACGCGAAUAACAUCCCACAGUUGCGAAUCACUUUGACCGGGCCAACAAACGUGGGCAAGUCUUCGCUGCUAGGGACACUGACCUCUAGUACCCUGGACAAUGGGCGUGGCAAGUCUAGACUUUCACUUCUGAAGCAUCGACACGAAGUCGCAACCGGCAACACCUCUAGCAUAGCGAGUGAAUUACUUGGAUUUACAGCAAGUGGUGAGAUGGUAAAUUACCACUCUGGUAACGUUGGCAGCUGGAUGGAUAUACAUGCCACCGUGGGGUCGAGCACAGCAGACCUCAAAGAGGGCCAAGAAAAUUUUGCUAGAACCGUGUUUCUACUCGACUCUGCUGGCUUAUUUAAGUACCGGCGCACAGCAAUACGGGGUCUCGUUGGGUGGGCGCCUCAUUACACUGCUAUUGUCAUGGCUAGCGACAUUGAGCUCCCAGACACUGCUACUGGGCCCGCGUUUGAGUACAUCAUGCUUUGCUUGAAACUCAAACUCCGAUUCUUCCUGUUGAUAACAAAGUUGGACCUUGCCAGUAAUGCAGGGUUGCGAAAACUAUGCAAGUUGGCUUUUGAGAUGAUUAGGGCAGCAGGAAAAGAGCCAAAAGUCGUUCAAGGCGGCGGUGUAGAGAUGAUCAAGUUCAUUUCCUUGAACAAGGAUGCCGUUCUUGAUGGCUCCGUUGUUCCAAUUCUGCUUGUUAGUUCCGUGACUGGCAAAGGAAUUGACACAUUGCAGGCACUGAUCGGACAUCUACCAAUACCCCCUCCUACAGAGCUAGUUAUUGGAGAUGACGAAGACCUUGCAGAAGCUCCAGGGCCUUCGAAGCCUCUAUUCCACGUUGAGGACGUAUUUGAGACUGUUUCAGCCCUGGUCGAAACCGUCCUCGGUGGGCAUGUCAAGUACGGACAAAUCAAGAUGGGAGACAAACUGUUGCUUGGGCCGUUCCCAUCUCUUUCCUACUCUCGACCAACAACCCCAGCCUCGAGCUUUGCAGAUCAUGGCAAGUAUCUCAGUCGGUCACCGAACAUGUCUCCUGGAAAGCACAGUCAUGAUCAUUUGGCCCCAGAAGAGAUCGGUGAAUGGAAGACAGUGAAAGUGGUUAGCAUUCGCAAGUGCCGCCUCCCUGUUGCUUCAUUAGUGGCUGGUGAAGUUGGAACCAUUGGAUUGUGCCAGUGGAGUGAAGUUCCAGCUCCAGAUGCACCAUCUCAUCCCGCAAUCGCUCGUUUGAUGUCAAGUGAGCGGCUCAGCCCACCUGGGCCAAAGAUUCACGCCCCACAACCGACAGUACCGCAUAGGGGCUCCCUCCAGAAAUCGGUUUCGUUUGCAAAUACUCUUGAUGUGCCACAGACUUUGCAUGUUGGUCUUUCAGGGGAUCGUAGGCUACGGAAAGGUAUGGUCCUGUUGCCAUGCGGUGCCGAAACAGGAAGUGGACCGCAACCGAAGAUUUCUACGGGUUUCAGCGCUGAGUUCGAGAUUUCAGAGGAGCGUGGUGGAGUUCCAUUAAGCAUUGGCGCUAACGCAAUCGUGUAUUUUGGGAGUGUGAGAACCUGUGCUCGAGUUUUGGACAGAGUGCUUGUUGCUGGCGAAGGUGGUGGCGGAUUGCAUGAUAAGUCUGCGGAGGAUUCAGGAGGGCUAUUCGGGUUUGAUGAGGAAGAGGAAGAAGGCCAUGAACUCACCGGAACAGUUGAUGCUGGCGCGGUUAGGUACUCCUUUAGUUUCACUGCCACAGUCGAGUGGAUUGAGGAAGGAACUAUUCUGUUGGUCACUGACAGUGGGCGGCAGGGCGGUGGAGUAGGUGACGUUGGAUUAGGGUUGGAUGCGGCAAUGUGUGGCAGGAUUGUGAGCGUGGACUAA